AUGCUCAUUCUCAUCCCCGGGAUCACGGGCAACCUAGGAAAGGAGCUGUGCGCCGCGGCGCUUGCGGCGGGCCACAGGGUCCGCGGCCUGGGCCGCAGCCCAGAAAAGCUGCCGGCGGAGCUCAGCUCGCGGCUCGAGUCCUUCGUCAGGAGCACGUCGUACGCCGACGUGGCGGCCUUCGACAGGGCCUGCAGCGGCGGGGUCGACGUCGUCAUCGUGGCGUGGUCGGCGCACCCGCUGCUGCAGCUGGACGGGCAGCUGCUGCUGCUGCGGGCGGCCGAGCGGGCGGGCAUCCGGCGCUUCCACUCGGCGUCGUGGAACCUGGACUGGACCAGGUGCGGCCACGGCGACCUGGUGACGUACGACGGGCUCAAGGCCUUUGCGCGCCACGCGCUCUGCACGUCCCGCAUCCGCGUCACGCACGUCUUCGUGGGCGUCCUGGCCAAAACCCUGUUCGCCGUGCCCGGCGCCGGGGCCCUCGAGGCCGACAGCGCAAUGUGGGUGCGCGGCGACGGCCAGACGCGCGUCCUGCAGUCUCCCGGCGGUGACUCGUGGAGGAUGAACUUCACGCCCGAGGAGGACGCGGCCGCGUUCAGCGUCGCGCUCAUGACGAGCGAGCUCGGCGACAGGGGCGGCUUCUACAGGUUCUGCUCCGACACGUUCAGCCCCAGGGAGUUGAAGCUGGCGUUUGAGGAGGUGCGGCCGGGCGCCGACGUGACCUGCCGCACGCUCAUGCCGCUCGAGGCCAUCAAGAAGCUGGCCGAUGACGCAAAGGCCAAGGCCGAGGCGGCCGGGCCCGAGAUGUUUCAGAUGCAGUACGUUGCCAUCGCCGGCUUGGAAUACGGAUAUUGGAUGCCCAGCGAAAAGAUGCUCUUUGAUCCGGUCGAUGUGGCAAAGUUCCCGCAUGUGAAGAGGACGUCUGUGCGGGAGUAUAUUCGGAAGAACCCGUGGGUCUGA